UUCAUGCAAACAGACAACACAACCUCUGCUCAACUCAAAUUCCCAGUAUCCCUCACAUUUAGUUUAUAGCUCCGAUCAUGCUAAUUUUAUAGCAAUAACAGAGCUCAUCUCUGCUUAUCCACUUCACAGCACAAGAGAAUAUACAAAUCUGAUGGGUUUGAGGUACUUGGCUGGGUUAGGGCUGAUUGGAGCAUUUGUGUUGAUAUGGGUUGCUUCUGCAGAGAUAACUCAGAGGAUUUUUACAGAGUAUAAACAGCCAUUUGCACUGUGUUACGUUUGGAUAUCUUUGAUGGCGAUUCAUUUACCUAUUUCAGUCCUCAGACAGAAGAUCUGCAAAUUAUUGAAAAUGUUAUAUAGAAACCUUCACAAGAAUUACUCUUCAGUCACCUCUUCCUCUGGAUUUAGUGCCACUCUUGGAAUUGAAGAGACUCACCAAGCGGCAGACACAUAUCUAAAGAACUGUUUACUUGUUGACAAGGAAAUAAGUGAAAGAGAAGAGGGAAAGCCUUUUGUCAAGAAAGAGGAACCCCACUUGCUCCCAGAAAAUUGUGAAUAUUCUUCCUGGGAAAUUGCCAGGUGUGGCUUAUACCUCUGUCCAAUAUGGUUUGCAUCAGAGUAUAUGUCAAACCUGGCACUUGCAAAUACCAGUGUUGCGAGUACAACGGUUCUGAGCUCCACAUCAGGUCUUUUUACCCUUUUCUUUGGAGUUAUUCUUGGUCAGGACUCAGUAAACAUCACUAAGGUGAUCGCUGUGCUGAUCAGCAUGUCAGGUGUUGCCAUGACAACAAUGGGAAAAACGUGGGCAGCAGAUGACAAGGAGGCUAGAAAUCACUCUAUCGCUGGGGACACUUUCGGUCUACUCUCCGCAAUAUUUUAUGGCUUAUUCACAGUGCUUCUCAAGAAAUCUGCUGGAGCAGAAGGAGAAAAGCUUGACAUGCAAAAGCUUUUUGGCUACAUUGGUCUCUACUGUCUCCUUGGCUUUUGGUGGCUAGCAUGGCCACUAAGUGCUGUGGGUAUUGAGCCUCCAUUUGAACUUCCCAGUUGUUGGCCUACCGAGGAGAUUGUGAUUGCAAAUGGGUUUUUGUCCAACAUAAUUUCAGAUUAUUUUUGGGCGCUUUCAAUAGUUUGGACGACUCCUCUGGUUGCUACUCUGGGCAUGUCAUUGACAAUUCCUCUAGCAAUGAUAGCUGACAUGGCAAUACAUGGCCGCCAAUACUCUGCAGUCUACAUCCUCGGAUGCUUUCAGGUUUUUGCAGGAUUUGUUCUGGCUAACCUUUCAGACAAAUUCUCAAGAAAGAAGCCAGAGAUUACCACAUGAUCGUUUGUGAAGCAUAAUUUGUAUGUUCAACUGGACAGAAACUCGAUGAUGUGGCUAGAAUUUUUAGUUGUAACUUUUAAUUGUAAAACAGUAUCAUCUGACUUAAAAAGUUUGGAGUAGUGAGCACUUUUGUUCUCCAAAAAAA